AAAAUGGGCAAAGUCUGCUGUAUAGUAAAUAAAUGACCAUUUUUUGGGAUGAUGAUUUACUUAUUUGAAAUUAUGAAUAAUGUGAGACUGUGAGAUCAUUUCCGAUUUCCCUACAUACCCGAUUCUGAGAGUUUCAUAUCUUAACAGUCGUAACCCUCCUUGAACGCUGCGGCUUGGUGUUUCCGUGUCUGAAAAGUGUCACAUACUCAGAAAAUGGCGAAUAAUCGGGAUUUUUUGCGGCAGUGUUUGGAGUUUACGUUGGUCCCCGACAAAACCCGACGCCAGGAAGGCGAGAAGUCUCUGAAACAGUUCGAGCAGAAUGCAGAUUUUGGACAGCUCCUGGUGUCGAUCAUCGAUGAUGGAUCCUGCGAAUUACCCAUUAGGAUGGCCGCCACUGUAACACUGAAAAACUACGUUCGAAAAUAUUGGCCCGAACCCGAUAAAGCGGAGGACUUGCUGGUUCCCCCUGCAACCUGCGCGUACCUGAAGCAGGAAUUGGUCCCUCUCAUGUACAGAGUCCCACACAGUAUUCAGAAGAACAUCAGCGAGACCAUCAACAGUAUUGCGUGGAUUGAUUUCCCGGCGAAUUGGCAGCGCUUGCUGCCUGAUCUCACAGCCAGCUUCGACGCAGGGGAAAUCGAUCCCAUCCUGGCGUCGUUACGCACAGCUCACGGCCUUUUUAAACAUUAUCGUGUCGCUUACGAAUCUAAAGCCUUAUGGAAGGAGAUUCUUCAUGUUUUGGAUGAGUUCGCUCCCAAGUUCACAAAAUUGUUCUUGACAAUUUUAGCCCAGAUCCCAAAUUUGGAACGAUUAUCCCGUGAGGGUGGCGAUCAGACGGCUGCCACUGCCACACUGAAGAAUGCCUUCCAUAUUAUCCUGUUAUGUUGUAAAAUUUUUCACAGCUUGAUCUUCCAAGAAUUGCCGGAGGUGUUUGUCCAGGAACUGCGCGGUUGGCUUCAAAAAUUUAGCGAACUCUUGGAUUAUGAAAAUAACGAUCUGCGCAGUGAUAAUGAUGACGAACCGGGCGUUCUGAACAAUAUCAAAUCAGAAAUCUGUGAUAUUCUCACCCUCCUGGCAUUUAAGUAUGAUGAUGAUUUUGAUCCUUAUGCGGCGCAGUUUGUGCGGGCCGUUAUUACGCUGCUGAUGAAGACUACACAGUUAAUGCAGGACGAUCUGUUAGCAUUCAGUUCCAUGGAAUUUCUGAGCCGAGUACUGGCGCAAAACAAGUGCCGUGAUGUGUUUAGUGGAGAAGGGUUCCUGGAAGCCGUUUGCGAGAAGAUAGUAAUCCCGAAUAUCCAAUUUCGACAGUCGGAUGCGGAUGACUUCGAUUCCAAUCCAGAAGAAUUUAUCCGUCGGGAUAUUGAAGGUUCCGAUAUCCAUACACGUCGAAGAGCCGCUGCGGAUCUCGUGCGUGCUGCCAACAAAUUCCAUGAGGAACGCGUAACGAAAUGUUUGCUGACGUACAUCGAGAAUUUAAUAAUUGAAUAUCAGAAAGAUUCCAGACUUUAUUGGAAGCUGAAAGACAGCGCCAUUUUCCUCACGGCGGCGUUGGCCGCAAAGGGUCAAGUGGCACGGUUCGGAGCCACGGCGAUUAAUCCGCUCGUUGACGUGGUGUCGUUUUGCCAGCGCCAUGUUGCACCGCACAUUCAGAGCGGACCCGGAGACCAACCUGUCCUUCAGGCCGAUUGCCUUAAAUUUUUGGUUACCUUCAGAGCACAACUUCCGGUGGAAUCUUUGAUCUCCUGCUUUCCCGCCGUUGUUCUUCAACUGGAUUCGCCGUAUAUGGUGGUGCAUACCUAUGCCGCGCACUGCCUAGAGAGAAUCUUCUCCAUGAAGGACACAACCACGGGUUUGUUUCGAAUUACACCGGAUCAGCUACGGCCGUAUUUGGGAUCUCUGGAUAAUACUCCAUUUAAUCCCGCGGCACCGAACACACUCUUCUCACAUCUCCUGGCGUUCCGUCUGAUUAGUCCACCUGAUAACGAGAAUCCCGAUGGACGACUGGAUGAGAACGAAUACACCAUGAAGUGUAUUAUGCGAGCAUUAUCGUUCUUCCAACUGAGCGAAAUAUUGCCACAUUUCCAAUAUAUUGUGCCCCAGCUGAUGAAACGGAUUGCAUAUGCCAUCAAAAAUCCGGGAAAUGCGCGCUACGAUCAUUAUCUGUUCGAAUCUUUGGCACUGUGCAUCGGGAUUGCUUGUCGAGCAGAUGCGCGUGCUGUGGAGGUGUUCGAAAAGGAAUUAAUACCCGCUGCCACUGUUGUUCUGCAGAACUCAGUUGACGCAUUCUUCCCGUACGUCUUUCAACUUUUUGCCCAGUUACUGGAGAAUCGAGCCGGCAGUAGUCUGAUUCCCAGUGAAUACAUGAUGCUAUUGGAUCCGCUGUUGAAUCCGCAACUGCUUCGCGACAAUGAAACGCAAGUGCCAUCGGUCGUCAGACUGUUAGGCGCGUACUUCGAGGCUAAUGCCAGUCAGGUUGUUGGACGAUUGGAAAAUGCGUUGGGCUUGUUCAAGAUCCUGGUUUCUAGCAAGAAAUACGACCACGAAGGAUUCAACCUGUUGCGACCAAUUAUAGACAAAACGCCGCUAGACAGUUUGAAGGGUUAUCUGACAGGGAUUUUUAACCAAUUCUUUGAGCGCUUGAUGAGGAGUAAAACGGAUAAGUUCGUCAAAAAUCUUGUACCCACACUGUAUCUGAUGGUUGUACGGUUGGGAGCAGCAACAUUCAUUCAGAGUGCUGAUGAGGUGCAGAAAAACAUUUUUGCCAUGCUGUUGGAUCGCAUCAUGCUGCCGGAAGUACUGAAGGUCCAACGGAGGCUGACGCGGAAGCUGUGCGUUGUCGGAUGUGUUGCGUUGCUGACCGAUACUGCGAAAGUGUUAGGCGGCCCUUACGAUGGCAUUUGGAAGAACAUUCUGGAAACUUGCGUGAAGCUGAUUGAAUUGCCACCGGAAAAAGAGACUAUAGAAGAUCUGCAUUCAUUUGAUCUGACGAAUGACGAUCCGACCAGUGGUCCCCUGCCGACACAGGCCACUUCGCAGAAUCAACUGGUGUUUGCCAAGAAGGCGGAAAAGGAUCACGUUAGCGAUGUCUCUGAUGUUAAAGUGUUUCUGGCCACGAAGUUGGCGGCCUUGUCGGCUACCCGACCGGGAAUGGUGCGCGCAAAACUUCAGGACAGCAUUCCGGAUGUGCAAACUUUCGUCGGCGCUUACUGUCAGAUGGCCGGCGUGACUAUUAAUUGAUAUGAUUUGUUUCUGAUAAAUUUAAAGUUCUCUGGCUGAUAAUAUGAAUUGAAUGCAUAUUUUUUGAGCUGAAUGCGUUUUCAGUUUGUGAGUGCGUUUUCCGUUUUCAUAAUGAUACUUUGAUAGUACGUUUUUGGUAAGAAUUUAUAAUAUGAGUCUCUUCGGAUGGAAACGGGUAAUCUGUAAAAUGCCAACUGAUGAAAAUAAAUGUUGUU